CUGUCUAGCUUGACGUCGUUGCUGUUAGCUAGCCACAACAGUACGUUUUGCUCGUCAUUGUUGUCAUUUUAAAGACUUUAAUCGAGCUUUUAAUCUUUAUAAAUACACUGGUGGCCGUCCUGUGAUGGGCAUUACCUCCAGGAUGAUUCCUACCGAGGAUGCGUCCGCCAGGAAGCGGGAAAUAGAGGAGAAACUGAAGCAGGAGCAAGAGACGCUGUCAUUCAUCCGAGAAAACCUGGAGAAGAGUGAUCAGCUGACCAAGGGCAUGGUCUCCAUCCUGUCGUCGUUCGAGAGCCGCCUGAUGCAGCUGGAGAACUCCAUCAUCCCGGUGCACAAGCAGACAGAGAACCUGCAGCGCCUGCAGGAGAACGUGGACAAGACUCUGUCCUGCAUGGACCACGUCAUCAGCUACUACCACGUGGCCAAAGACACAGACAGGAUCAUCAGAGAGGGGCCGACAGGCAGACUGGAUGAGUACCUUGCUUGUAUUGCAAAGAUUCAGAAAGCUGUGGAAUAUUUCCAGGAUAACAACCCUGACAGCCCCGAACUCAACACAGUGAAAGCGCGCUUUGAGAAGGGCAAAGAGCUGCUGGAGGCGGAGUUCCGCAGCCUCCUGACCCGCUACAGUAAACCCGUUCCCCCCAUCCUCAUCCUGGACGCCAUCAGUGUGGACGAGGAGCUGGAGGUCCAGGAGGAUGUGGUGCUGGAACAUCUGCCAGAAGCUGUGCUCCAAGAUAUCAUCUGCAUCGCCGGCUGGCUGGUGGAGUACGGACGCAACCAGGAUUUCAUGAACGUCUACUUCCAGAUCAGGUCCAACCAGCUGGAUCGCUCCAUCAAAGGCCUGAAGGAUCACUUCCGCAAGAACAGCGCCAACUCUGGGAUCCUCUACUCGCCCGCCGUCCAAACCAAACGCAAGGACACGCCCACCAAAAAGGCCCCCAAGAGACCAGUCUACAUCCCAGGGACCAUUCGCAAGGCUCAGAACCUUCUGAAACAGUACUCACAGCAUGGGCUGGAUGGGAAAAAGGGGGGCUCUAACCUCACUCCUUUGGAAGGUUACGAUCAUGACUCUCGGGUCAAACACCUCUCUGACGCCGUGACCGAGAAGCACGGGGCCGCCGCAGGAAAAGACGAUGUUCUGGACAUAGAGAUCGACUCCUACAUCCACUGCAUCAGUGCCUUCGUCAAGCUGGCCCAGAGCGAGUACGCCCUGCUGGCAGAAAUCAUCCCCGAGCACCACCAGAAGAAGACCUUCGACUCUCUCAUUCAGGAGGCGCUGGACAACCUGAUGCUGGAGGGAGACAACAUCGUGUCUGCAGCUCGCAGAGCCAUCAUGCGCCACGACUACUCAGCCGUGCUCACCAUCUUCCCCAUCCUCAGACACCUGAAGAUGAACAAGGCUGAGUUUGACUCCACGCUGCAGGGAACAGCAGCAAGUACCAAGAACAAGCUGCCCACUCUCAUCACCUCCAUGGAAACCAUCGGAGCCAAAGCUCUGGAGGAGUUCGCAGACAGCAUCAAGAAUGAUCCGGAUAAAGAGUACAACAUGCCCAAGGAUGGAACCGUGCACGAGCUGACCAGCAAUGCCAUCCUCUUCCUGCAGCAGCUGCUGGACUUCCACGAGACAGCCGGAGCCAUGCUGGCCUCACAAGAGACGAGCUCUUCAGCCGUCAGCUACACCUCGGAGUUCAACAAGAGGCUCCUCAGCACUUAUAUCUGUAAGGUACUGGGGAACCUGCAGCUGAACCUGCUCAGUAAAUCCAAAGUGUACGAGGACUCGGCUCUGAGCGCCAUCUUCCUGCACAACAACUACAACUACACCCUCAAGUCUCUGGAGAAGUCAGAGUUGAUCCAGCUGGUGACGGUGACUCAGAAGAAAGCUGAGGGUUCCUACAGAGAGCUGAUCGAGCAGCAGAUCCAGAUGUACCAGCGCAGCUGGCUGAAGGUCACGGAGCACCUGACGGACAGGAACAUGCCCGUCUUCCAGCCCGGCACCAAGCUGAAGGACAAGGAGCGGCAGGUGAUAAAAGACAAAUUCAAGGGCUUUAAUGACGGGCUGGAGGAGCUGUGUAAGAUCCAGAAGGGCUGGGCCAUCCCAGACAAAGAGCAGAGAGACUUCAUCCGCCAGGCCCAGAGGAGGGUGGUGUCGGACACCUACAGGGCCUUCCUGCACAGGUGCGCCAACGUCUCCUUCACUAAGAACCCCGAGAAGUAUCACAAGUACCGUCCGGAGGAAGUGGAGGAGAUGAUCGGGAGGCUGUUCGACACGUCCGCCUGAGCUGCACUUUAAACCCCCCCCGACUCAUGUUCCCCCCACCCCCCCUCCAGACACUUCAUAACCCUCACCUGGCACUCACCCUGCCUGUGUCUGAUGGAUGUUUUGUACAAAGAUAUGAACCUGAUGUAUGUAUGUAAUUUAGCCGUUCCAGAUCAGCAUUUCAAAAUAAAUAAAGGGACUCUGAAGCAG